AUGACUUCAGAAAAAAAUGCUCAGAUUGGUCAAGCCCGAGAAGCGUUUCAGAUGCUUUAUCAAGUUUCACAACUCCUCAACACUGGGUUAGAUGCAGAAACUCUUACUAUAUGUAUUCAACUCUGUGAACUAGGUGUAAAUCCAGAUAAACUUGCACUUGUUAUUAAAGAAAUAAGGAAAAUGGGUGAGCACGCAACUCAGAGUAAAGCAAAGACCUUGCAGCUUUAA